AUGGCUCCCCGACAACCCGUUGCUGGCCCGUCCAAGACCAAGCACUCUCAACAGGCCGUGACCUCUUCCCCGCCACCGCCUGCUUCUGUCUCGGCUUUCAACACAGCGAGGUCGUUGUUUGCCCUGGCAUCCCCUGUCCUCGGUCAAGCGGACAAAGUUCAAGUCUGGGACGUUGCUUCUGACCGAGUCAUCUCGGAGUGGGAGAUUCCUGGCGCAAGCAAGGCUUCUACCGUUUCUUUUGCUCUCAUCGAUGCUGCCGACACUGGUGGUAAAAAGAAGAAGCGGAGAAAGUCUGCCGCUGGUACGAGCGAGGAAGAGGUCUUGCUUGUCUCAACAGGCAAGAACCAGCUUGUUGUUCUCUCACCGAGACAAGGAGAGGUUCUGCGGACGAUCGACCUGGAGGAAGGUGUGACAUCGGCCUGGACUGAUGAGCGAGGAUUCGUCUUUGCGACCGCUUCAUCACUCCUGGUGCUCGCGAAGGAUGCGUCUGCCGUUUCGCACACUUUCUCAUUGCCUUCAAACGUCACCUCUCCAUCUGCUGUCACCAUCCUACCCUCGUCGACUGCCGAGACACUUCAUGUCCUCGUAGCUUCGACCUCUGUCGUGGCUCUUCACCUUGAGCUUGCGUCAUCCGAGGUGACCUACACUUCUUCCCCUCUCCCCGCUUCGACCACCUCUGUGUCUUCUCUUCUACCCAUCCCAUCCACAGAGGAGGGCGCCUCUUUCCUUGUGGUGUCUGAAGACGACCGAACUAUUUCUCAGUACACCCUCACGACACCUCAAGCGACAGCGAAGCUUUCGUAUCGCUACGCCUCUCCCACUCUUUCUUCCGCCCACUCUCUUGCCCUCGAAUCCAGCCUUUUGGCGGUCUUGCACGAGUCUGGCGAAGUGUCCCUCUUCUCUCUUCCAUCCACUCUUGAUCUCUCCCGUCCCAAAACGGACUCCAAACCUUCUAUUGUGAAGGUUGUAGAGGGCAAGGAAGAACACACGGCUCGUCUCGCUCGUGUGGCUUUCGCUUCCCAAGGACAGGGUGAAUCCGGGGCUCUUCUCUGUGGGCGUCUCGUGGGCGGUGGUAGUGUCAAGUGGUCCAAGGCGGUCUAUGAACUGCCGGAGGGUGGUCUGAGGUCGAAUACGGUGCUGAAGGUCGGGGUGCAGGAUCUGGCUACUGGAACGUCUGGUUCUUCUACACUGCCAACACAACGAUAUGUCGCUCCUGCUGCUGUCACCGAGGCUGCCGAAGACACUGGCGACGAGCCCGCUUCUCAGCUUCCAGCUGAUGUGGACAUGGCCGAGCUCUCUUUGGGUGAACGCAUGCUCGCCACCGGUCAAGGGGAAGCUGCCAAGUCCACUACUGCUACCGCCGGCGCCUCUCUCGACGGUCCCGUGAAUGCUGCCUCUCUCACGCGAGUGCUCGUCCAAGCUCUUCACACCUCCGACCCCGCCCUUCUUACCCUCUGUCUGUCCCACCGCAACCCCGUCCUCAUCCGAAACACCAUCCGCAAAAUGCCCGCUCAGCUUGCUUUGCCUCUGCUGAAAGCUUGUGUGGAACGUUUGGGACAGGGAAAGGGUGCGAACAAGCGUGGUGGCGGUAGGGGAUCUGUUCAGAACGAGCAGCAGGGUCGAGGGACCGUCGAGUGGGUUAAGGGUGUCUUGGUUGAGCGUGGUAGUGUCUUGAUGACCAUGCCUUCCUUGCCUCAACACCUUGCCCAGCUCUCUACUCUUCUCCAGACUAGGCUCGAGCUCCACCAACCACUUCAAACCCUUUCCGGUCGUCUCGAUCUUGCCCUCGCGCAGAUCACUAUGCGACGCAUCGCUGCCGAGCAGGCCCUUGCCCACGCCGAGGACGGCGGAAGGAAAGGUGGCGAAGGCGAGGUUUAUGUUGAAGGCGAGAGUGACGAUGAGGAUGUCGAGAUCGAAGUCGGCGAGGACGGAGAGGUGGAAGAUGUCGACAUGCGGGGUUACAGUGACGCUUCUUCUGACGAGUCUGGCUCUGAUGAUGAGGACGAUGACGAUGACGAUGAAGAGGAUAGUGACGAGGAUCCUUUGGAGAGCGGGUCGGACAAUGACUUGCUUGACCUCGAGGCUGAGGAGAGUGGGAGCGAUGAAGAGGAUGAUAGCGAGGAAGAAGAUUAA